UCAUGGCACGGGAUGGAGACCCUCUUGUUGUUGGGGGUGUGAUAGGGGAUGUUCUGAACCCUUUUACAAGCUCCGUUUCUAUGAGGAUUGUCACCAAUAACAGAGAGAUCAGCAAUGGUUGUGAACUGAGGCCCUCUCAAGUAGUUAAUCGCCCAAGAGUUACUGUUGGUGGUGAAGACCUCAGGACCUUCUACACACUGGUUAUGGUGGAUGCAGAUGCACCUAGCCCUAGUAACCCUGUCUUGAGAGAAUACCUGCACUGGAUGGUGACAGAUAUUCCAGCCACCACAAAUGCAACCUUCGGGAAAGAGGUAGUGUUCUAUGAGAGCCCGCAACCUUCGGCAGGGAUUCAUCGACUUGUGUUUGUGUUAUUCCAGCAAUUGGGCAGAGACACUGUCUUCGCCCCAGAAUGGCGUCAUAAUUUCAAUACCAGAAACUUUGCUGAAAUUAAUAAUCUUGCACCUGUCGCAGCAGCUUAUUUCAAUUGCCAAAGAGAACGCGGUUGCGGUGGAAGGAGAAGUUAA